AUGCAGUUCACCCAGCUCGCCAAAUUCACCGCUCUCUCGCUCCUCGUUGCUGCCGUUCGCGGCGCACCUCAGCCUGAGGACGCUAAGCGCGAUCUCGAGGCUCGUCAGUCCUAUUCGGACGUUAGGAUGACUUACUUCUACACUGGCAAUCCCGGAACCGGUGCCUGCGGUGGUCAGGAGUACGAUACUCAAUACAUUGUUGCUCUGGAUUCCGACUUGUACGAUGGUGGAGCCAAUUGCUACAAGACUAUCACCAUUGAGUACAAUGGCCAGUCGACCCAAGCGUCCAUUCUUGACGAGUGUCCCGGCUGCCCGUACGGUGGGCUCGACCUCACGCCCAGCUUGUUCGAGUACUUCGCUCCGCUCAGCCAAGGCGUGAUCUACGGAGACUGGUACUACGACUGA